GAAAAGCGACCACGAUUUAAGUUUUGGCAGGCGUACUCAGAUGAUCGCAAAUGAUCGUGUGUAACGCAGUGUAACGUCUGCUACGAUGGCAGGGUUAAAAUUAAAUUGGCUGUUACUUGUAAUUUUAACAGUAUGCUUUGAAUUAUCGUUAGCUGGGAGAGAUUUUUAUAAUAUAUUAGGUUUAUCACGUAGUGCUAGCACACAUUCAAUUAAGAAGGCUUACAGACGAUUAGCAAAGGAACUACAUCCCGAUAAGAAUAAAGAUGAUCCAGAUGCCUCGCAAAAAUUUCAAGACCUGGGGGCAGCGUAUGAGGUGCUGUCGGAUCCGGAGAGGAGGGAGACGUAUGACAGAUGUGGCGAGGAGUGCUUGAAGAAGGAUGGCAUGAUGAACAGCAAUAUGGAUCCUUUUGCGAGUUUCUUUGGUGACAUUAACUUCCAUUUUGGUGGUGAAUCGCAUCAACAACACCAAACUCCCAGAGGUUCAAAUGUCUUGAUGGACUUGUGGGUUACUUUAGAAGAAUUAUAUAGUGGAAAUUUUAUUGAGAUCACAAGAAAUAAACCAGUUAUCAAGACAACAAAAGGAACGAGAAAAUGUAAUUGUAGGCAAGAAUUGGUCACUCGUAACUUAGGAAAUGGUAGAUUCCAAAUGAUGCAACAGUCGGUGUGCUCGGAGUGUCCAAAUGUGAAGUUGGUCAAUGAGGAACGUAUACUAGAAGUGGAAGUUGAGCCAGGAAUGGUAGAUAAUCAAGAAACUAAAUUUACUGCAGAGGGUGAACCACAUAUUGAUGGAGAACCAGGAGAUUUGAUAAUAAAGAUACAAACUAUACCUCAUCCUAUUUUUGAAAGAAGAGGUGACGACUUAUAUACAAAUGUUACGAUAUCUUUGCAAGAUGCUCUAUUAGGUUUUACAAUAGAUAUAAAACAUUUAGAUGGUCACAUAGUGACUAUCCAAAGGGACAAAAUUACUAAACAUGGUGCGCGUAUUCGAAAAAAGGGUGAAGGAAUGCCUAAUUACGAAAAUAACAAUCUCCAUGGCGCUUUAUACGUUACUUUUGAUAUUGCAUUUCCCGAUAAUGAGUUUACAAACGAACAAAAAGAAGAUAUUAGAAAAUUGCUGCAUCAAAGUUCUGUGAAUCGAAUAUACAAUGGUAUACAUGGCAAUUAAAUAUUUAAAUAUGUACAAAGUGGUGAAUGCAAAGUGAGUGUUUUGAUUAGAAUGUGUGUCUUUGUAUGUUUGUAUUAAGAGCGAUAUUCUUGCUUCCUUACUGAAGAAUACCAAGAGGGUUAGUAGAUUCAAUAUCAUGAUCGUACUGAAUGGAAUUCAGUACACAUGUAAUUUUCAACAAAUUUAUCAAAUGUUUUAUUUAGAUGCAAAGACUGGUUAAAUCUAGUUCUGUUUGCCAAUUAGUUAAAUUAAUAACUUGGUUCUUGUUGCUAAUUAUUUGUUGAGUUUCAACAAUGAUUAAGCAAUUUAUUUAGUAAUUUAAAUUACAUUAUGUUCAGCAGAAUUACAUGAAUAAUAUAGGAAAGAUUGAUAUGUAUGUGGACAGAUCUUGCAUUUAAUACCAUGAGAUAAAAAGAAGACCACGUAUAUAAAUUAAUAAAUUAUUGACUGGCCACACGUUUAUAUUAUUCUUAAUAAUGUAAAGUAAUGGCGAUGGUAUUCUAUAUUGGUAUAAAUACCUAAUAAGAUUCCUUUGCAAAAAAAUUUUGAACGUUAGUAAAGAUGUGUAAUGAAUAUAAGUACCAUAAAAUAAGAUUAAUAAACAUACAAUACAUUUGUAGCCAAUUUUUUAAUUAAAAAAUAUAUCUAUGUAUUUUAAGUGGCAAA